UUUAUUUGAAGGUCUGCAGCAUGUUGUGCAACAAAGAAACACCUCUGAAUGGGAAGUUUUCCUCCGGUAAUGGAGGGCAGCGAGUGCUGCAGCUCGGCGCUACGCUUCUGCGAGGAAGCCCACGCUCGGAGGCGUUGCGGUCAGGGCGCUCCCUGUGUAGCGGGCCCGGGUCGGCGCUGCUGUCUCGCCGCAGCCCGGCUGUAGCAGCGGCCCCCUGCGGCCACAGAGCGGGUGACGCGGGAGGCGCAGUCUCCGCCCCCCGCGCCUGCUUGCUUUUCCACUCUGCGUCACCACUUUCUGCUUACAGGCUGCCGCACAGACGCAGCCUUUUCUCACGCUUGCCUGCCAUUGAAACUCAAAAACGGGUGUUGCCUCCGUCUCCCAACCCAGAAGUUUCAAGUGACUGAGUAACGGCGAGGGCUGCUGGGAAAUGGAGUCGGGGGCGGAGGACGCUGUUGGUGUCGUCGGCUCUGCUGCGCGGCUGCAGCUGCUUGGUCUGACGUCACUUCCCUUGACGCUGCCCUGGCACACGGGGGGCGGAGUUGGCGGCGCGGCUGACAGCGGAUCUCUGGCCAUGGCGUCCUCCGAGGUCAGCGUGCACGUGGAGGAGGUGGUCGUCGUGACGACGCCGGACACCGCGGCCGAUGGCACCGCUGUGGAGGAGGUGAAGACCAUGCUGGUGACGACAGAGCUGUCCCAGCAGAGCGAAGAUAUCACCGAACAGAGCCUGGAAGCUCAGGCUGAGACGGGCACCUUCACCGCCACCCCUCUGCUGGAGAAAGAGGCCAUGAUAGCUGUGAAGUUAUCAGAAGAAGUGGAAAAUGUGGAGCCGGAAAUUAUCUACCCCAUAACGUGUGGAGAGAGCAAGGCCAACCUCAUCUGGAAGAAAUUUGUUUGUCCUGGAAUUAAUAUCAAGUGUGUGCAGUAUAAUGAACACCUAAUCAGUCCUAAAGAGUUUGUCCAUUUGGCGGGGAAGUCAACAUUGAAAGACUGGAAGAGAGCGAUUCGUUUGAAUGGCAUCAUGUUAAGGAAGAUCAUGGACUCCGGAGAGCUGGACUUCUACCAGCACUCCAAGGUCUGUUCCAACACCUGCCGCAGCACGAAAAUCGACCUCGUGGGCAACAGGGCCUCGUUCAGCAGCCAGCAGUCCACCGAAUUCAUCCCCAUCACCCCCGCGUCAGCCGACGUAAACGGCUCUCCAGCCACCUUCACAGUGGAAGCCUCAGAGGACAGUACCGAGUGGGUGACGACAAUUGGAGAGGAUACGGUAGCUUUCUGGCGUGGGCUGAAGGACGCGGGGCUGCUGGAGGAGGUGGUCGAAGAGUUCCAGAAGGAGGUGAAAGAAACCCUGAAGGGACUACAAGACCGAAUUCAGCAGCCGCCCCUACAGGUCACCGAUGCUGUCCUGUUGAACAAUAUAGUGCAAAACUUCGGCAUGCUGGACCUGGUGAAGAAGGUCCUGGCAAGUCACAAGAGCCAAAUGGAUCGGUACAGAGAGCAGUACACGCGCAGCUUAGUAGCACUGGAGCAACAAUGUGAUGAGCACCGCAAGAGAGCCAAAGAGCUGAAGAGCAAAUCUCAGCACCUGAACAACGUUUUAAUGACGCUAACGCCAGUCUCGAACCCGCCGGCACCCAAGCGACCCCGGCUGACGCGUGCCACCUCAGGCCCGGCGUCUGUGGCCACCCACGUGUCCAGCCAGCCGGCGCAGAUCACGCUGGCCUCCGGGCUGCCCGUCACCCAGCUGACCAACCUCUCGCUGAGCAAAGUGAUGUCGGCCAUCCAGGGCUCCGGCAUCAGCAACUCCUCCCAGCAGCCUGCCACCUUCGCCACCACGAACUCGCCGCUCCUGGGAGGCUACACAGUGCUGGCGUCGCCGGGCGCCACCAUCCCCAACACGGUGGAGAUCCAGCCCGACGCCUCCAACCUGACCGUCCUCAGCACGGCCGCUAUCCAGGACGGCAGCACCAUCGUCAAGGUGGUCAGCCCCUUCCAGCUGCUCACGCUGCCGGCCCUGGGCGCCACCCUCCAGAACAUGGCCGCAGCGGGAGGGACCAUAGUGGCCGUGCCCACCAGCACGAUCGAGACGGCGGUCACGCAGACCGAAGAGACCACUGUGAUCGAGGUGAAGGAGGAUCACGCGGAAAAGCAGUAACAACAACGGGACUGCGGAGCUUCUGCACAAAGCACACGGCUUGGCCCGGAAGGCUAUCUGGGCGUUUGUUUUAAUGUGAAGUAUUUCAGUGUUGUUCCUUAUUUGCAUCUUCCGAGCACAAGGCUGGAAUGGAGGAAGAGCAGGGAUGGACAGCCUUGGUCCUGGAGGGAUGUCUGCAGUUUUCUUCUCUGCUAAGCUACAGCACCUGAGAAACUGGGAGAAGCUGUUAAUGAGCUGCACAUUGGCUUAACUGGACCAGUUUAAGUCAUUGAGAAUGAAAACCAGCCAACACCUUGACCCUCCAGGAUCAGAAUAGACCAUCCCUGAUAGAAGAUCUUCUCUUUUGGAGGGGGGGUGUGGGGGAGUGCAUUUCUUAACAUUUUGAUACCAAGGUACAGAUCACUCUCAAUACAUGUUACAGAUCUAAAGGACCCUCAUUGUUUCAAAUCUCACGUGCUAAGUGUCACUAGUACAUAUGACAUUUGCAAGAUGUUUAGCAUCAUCAGUUUAUUCGCCUGUUCCCUCUUUCUCACAUGAUGAGCUGAAGUGAAAUAAAAUCUGGUGGAUACUGUCUCAGAAGGCAACAGACUGUCAAUUGUCUCAAGAGCACAGAAGCUUAUGGUUUCAACAGCUGAGUUAUCCUUACCUUUGAAUACAGGUUAAUAUAUAUUUUUAUAUACAUGUAUGUAUAGAUAUGCCCAUAGUGUUCACGCAAGCACUUUGAGUAACUCACUAUAGUUCAUGAACUAUAAUUGAUUUUUUUCUGGAUAAGACUGAAAACUGUCUGAAUUUAGUCACCCCUCCCCCUCGAUUUAUUAUUUCAAGAAACGAUUUUCUAUCUGAAAGAUAAAUAUACCUUAAACGACCUGUACAUUUUUUUAUGGAAAUACAGUGUAUGUAUAUAUAUCCCUCUAAGUCUAGGUGGCUUACCUUUGAAGCCAUCAAUAAAUACUUGAAACCACAAAGCACUGGUCUCAGUAAUGCGCUCAGAGUAACUAAUUUAACACAAUUUGAAAAACCAAACAGCUGCCAGUUUUAAACUUUCCACACAAAUUGCAUCCAGAUUUCAGUGAGGGACUCCAGAACACAUUUCACACUGACUGACUGACUCCUGUGUUCUUUCUUUUGUCUCAUUGUAUUAUUUUGCAAAGGCGAACUGUUUCAUCGCCUUGUUUUCCUGAUAUUGUUCUGUACAGUUUGCUGCCCCACUUCGUCUUGUAAAUAACAAAAGUUCACUGUUGUACAUAAUUUUUUUAAGUGUAAAUUAGUUUUACUGUACAUCGCAAAUAAUUGACGGUAAUGUAAUAUGCUGAUAUUUACAUGCCUUGUAAGAAAACCUUUUGAAUGCCUUAAGAAAAACAUCAGCCCUUGGACUUUUGGUUUACAGUAGAGGUUUUUUGUAAUAGAUACCAGUUCUCAUAAAGUAAAGCUUUACGCACUGAUCUGAGACUGGACACUUAAGGUUUGAUAUUAAACAUUUGUACAGUUCUUAA